AUACCAUCACUUCAAAGAGGACAAUGUUGGCGAAAGGAGCAAAAUUUCGAUCACCAUUUUGUCAAAGGGAAAUUUCAACAACGAAGAAUCUAACCAAAUGUGAGAAGGAGUUGGGUAUAUACGCUAUGUACAAAGACACGCGUGAUUGGAAGGAGGUAUUGUUCGGAUUCAAAGAUACAGAGGUUAAUCGUUUUAACAUGCUAUCAAUGAGGACGGGUUCCCCAAUAGCGAAUGAUAUUGUGAACGCGUGGGCAAUUAUACUGAACGAUAGAGAAAAUUUUCGAUCAGAUUUGUCUCCAUUGCGAUUUUUUGCCAGUACCAAUUUAUAUAUGGACUGUAUUGAAGCCAAUGGAAUAUCAUACGACAAUCAGAGAUCCACAUUCUUUAUUUUGAUGACCAUGGAGAUACAAGAGUACCACCAAAACAAAAUAAACCUCAUAGAUAUGUACUUUUUCCCAGUAUACAGAAAAGGUUUAUACUAUGCCGUGUGUGUGGAUCUUCGGAAGGGACGUGUGUUUGUGUUGGAUAGUGCACUGGACAUUACUGCUAAUGAAGAAAAUGACAUAUAUGAGGAAGUGUGCAAUACUUUUAAAAAACUUUUGUCGGAUUUACUAAAAUACAAUAAUGAAGAGCAGAAAGCAAAGAUAGUGAUGAAUUCAAAGAUGCAUGUUGUGAAGAUGAAAUGGGCAGAUCCACAUAACACUAUAGAUACUGGCUUGUAUCUACUGAGGCAUUUGGAGAUGUUUAUGGGCGACGCGAGUGCUAGUUGGAAGUGUCAGUUCUUAUCGACACCGCAAAGACAGUUGCGGAUAAUGCGUGUACGUUAUGGUGCGGCAAUGAUCAAUUGGGAUGGCAAUAAAGUGAAAGGGAAUAUUGUGGUUCAAGCAUCAAGAGUUUAUUAGGACUUAAGUAAAAAGCCAGAGUUCGACGCCGACAACCUGUUGCUUAAUUGAUUCUAUUAUGAUUCUGGUUUUCGAGAAAUUUUAUUUUUCAAUUAAGUGUGCAAUGACUCAUUAAAUUGCACUGAUUAUUCUUUGUUUACACUUUGUUUACAGACUGCCACUUUGAUGUUGAAUUUGGUUUUGAUACUCACUAUUUUAAAAUAUGAAUGGAAAAGAAC